AGUUCUCCGUAAGUGCAGUGCAAUCUUUAAAGACGGCUACCAAAAAAAUUAACACCAAAGAAACAACAAAUUACAACACUAUGUACCAGCAAGGCGGUUAUCCCCAACAGGGUGGUUAUCCUCAGCAAGGUGGCUACCCUCCACCGGGUGGAUACCCUCAAGGUGGCUACCCCCCUCCAGGUGGCUAUCCCCCUCCUGGGGGUUACCCACAGGGCGGCUAUCCGCCCCCUCCGCCGCAACCGGGUUUCCAAGCCUACGGAGGUGAAUUUGAAGGCGGCUAUGGCGCUCCGGGGGGCAUGGGCGAAGACGGCGAGGUCAAGGGAUUCGAUUUCACCGAACAAUCGAUCAGAAAGGCAUUUAUUAGGAAGGUAUACUCUAUCCUGAUGGUGCAGUUGCUAGUGACAAUGGCUUUUAUCUCUCUGUUCGUGUUCCACGAGGGCACUAAAAUGUGGGUCAGACGUUCUGGCAGCGCUAUUAUAAUCGUGGCAUUCGUGGUGGUGAUAGCGUGUCUGAUUUCGAUGGCUUGCUGCGAGGGCGUACGGCGACAGUCACCCAUGAACUUCAUCUUCCUCGGGAUAUUCACGAUCGCCGAGAGCUUCCUGCUCGGCGUUACCAGCAGCAUGUACGAAGCUGAUGCGGUGAUGAUGGCAGUGGGCAUAACGGCGGCCGUGUGUCUGGCGCUGACACUCUUCGCCUUUCAGACUAAGUGGGACUUCACCGUCAUGGGGGGCGUGUUACUGGUGGCCGUCAUCGUGCUCAUGAUCUUUGGUAUCGUGAUGAUAUUCCUGCCCAAAACCAAGACCUUGACCCUGGUGUAUGCCUCGCUCGGUGCUCUUUUGUUCUCCUUUUACCUCAUCUACGACACUCAACUGAUGCUGGGCGGCAAACACAAGUACACCAUCUCCCCUGAAGAGUACGUCUUCGCCGCCCUUAACUUGUACCUGGAUAUCAUCAACAUCUUCAUCUACAUCCUUACCAUCAUCGGAGCUUCAAGAGAUUAGGAUCAACAGUAGAGCGACGGUUCUUAAAAAUAUUUCCUUAUAAGUUGCGUUUUUUUUUAAGUUAAGCAGCGAUAGUUUAUUUUUUAAAUAUUAUUGUACAUUUUGUUAGUGACGUUUCGUAGUUUGCGAUUAGUGGAACUUGAUGGUUGUAAAAAACUGUAAGAAACUAAGCUCUUUGACACUGAGAUUCAAAAGAGCAAUGUUUCUAAAUCAUCUGUAUUGUUUGUGCAACUUACUGCCGAUCCCGACUCCCAACUACUACGGUCUUUCGCAGAAGAACAUGAAUGCAUUUUUUUCUUCAUAAAAUCAUUUCACAGGAUGUUUUACAAAAGGAUC